AUGGCCGACUUCUUUCGUGACACGACAUUUGGACAAACGGUCCGUUUACUAUCUGGCAAGAGACUAUUUCUUCGUCCAGAAGAGAAGCCAGGCUACGUUCUACCUCCCGAGUAUCAGCUUUUACUAAAGAAUGAAGAAGAAUCUGCAGCAAGAGGAGCCAGUCCUGCAUCCACAUUUCAGAAUAACGACGCGGAUGUGGAGGCUCACAGAAGCUCAUUAGACGCAGACGGUAUUGAGCUUCACAAAACAAAGUCGGUCCCUAUCGCUCCAGUAAAGACGUCUGACAGCACUAUUCUCGUCGACUGGUAUUCUACCGAUGAUGCUGCGAAUCCCCAGAAUUGGUCGACGGGGAAGAGAGCAUGGGUUGCCAUUGUCAUGAGCUUAUACACCAUGAUUGCCUACAUGGCAGGUUCACUCUACGCUACCUCUGAACCUGGCAUUCAGGCUCACUUUGGUGUGGGAAACCAAACGGUCCUCCUCGGUCUGUCAAUGUUCGUCCUAGUAUAUGGUUUUGGUCCCCUAUUCUUCGGCCCCAUCACAGAAAUUCCCGUCAUCGGCAGAGGCUGGGUGUAUUCGCUCUCGUUCAUUGUUACCUUUGCCCUCAGCUUUCCUACCGCUACCGUCAAUAACUUUGAUGGAUUGAUUACCCUGCGGAUUUUCCAAGGCUUCUUUGGCAGCGUUGGUAUUGCCAUUGGUAGUGCUAGUGUUGGCAAUGUCGUUCCCUUUCUGUAUUUCCCGUAUGGUCUGGUGGCGUGGAUUCUGGCCUUCUGGUGGGCUCCUCCCAUUGGAACCGUGAGUAGUGGCUUCGCCGCAAUGGCACAUGGCUGGAGAUGGCCCAUGUGGUUAAUCACCUGGUGGUCAGCACCUAUGCUGUUGAUGCUUCUGUUCCUUACACCAGAGACAUCCCCUUCCAAUAUUUUGCUCAGACGUGCGCAGCGCCUUCGAGCACUUACCGGCGAUUCAAGACUCCAGUGUCAGGGUGAACUUGACCAGCGAGGUAUGACAGCGACAAGCAUUGUGAUGGAGACUCUCAUCAGGCCUUUUGAGAUUGCCGUCAAGGGCCCCGCUGUUGCAUAUGUCCACUUGUAUACCGCCUUCUUCUACGGCGUCUUCUUCUGCUUCUUUGAAGUUUUCCCUCUCGUCUUCAUCCCCAUCUACGGCUUCAACCUUGGAGAAAUCGGCCUGGUAUUUCAGUGCUGCGGUAUCGGUGCCACCAUUGGCACGGUAUUUUACGUCAUCUUUCUGCGCUACUACAUGAUUCCCGAUAACAUCAAGAACGGUUUCGACAACCACGAGCAACGUCUGAUUCCUGCUCUUGCUGGCUCAAUUUUGACUCCCAUUGGCCGCUUCAUCUUUGCCUGGACUCAUUACGUUCAUAUACACUGGAUUGCUCCUAUGAUUGGUGUUGUGACGUUUUGCGUUGGAAUGUUUUGGAUUAUCAUGGCACUCUUCACUUAUGUCCCAGUUUCGUACACGCAGUACACGGCAUCGAUCUACACAUCCAAUGGCAUUGCCAGAUCUUUGAUUGCAUGCUCGGCAGUCCACAUUGCACGGCCCCUGUUUAUCAACGUGGGCACCCACGAAGGUGUGACUAUCCUCGCCUGUCUGAACGUGCUUGGUAUUCCGGCAACCUGGUACAUUUACAAGAAGGGUGCCCAGCUUCGUGCCAAGUCUAAGUUGGCCCAGUGCUAG